GCCAUCCGAGCCCUCGAGCGUCGGCACCCCUCAACCAUCAACACCUGGCAGUAGGCGUCCCCAUAUCAACAACACAUUGAAUGAAGUUCUUGUUUGUUGGUGAUCAUCUAAAUGGCUGCCAUUUAUUCAUAGAAAUAAUGACAAAAUGGACAUGGAGACAAAAAUGGACUCAUCAUCAACACAGGACGAGGGAUCGUCUGAUUCAACAGAUAGUAAUGUGUUCUCUGUUGAUAGUAUUGACUUGUGGGAAAGUUCAGAGUAUGACCGCAUUGUACAAGUGUCUGUACCAGAUUACCAGGGUCAUCUUUUCUCUGCUAUUCGUGCAGCUCACAAAAAUGGAGCGUUAACUGAUGCCAGCCUUGUGGUAGGAAAUAAGACAUUCAGUGUUCACCGGUUAAUUAUAAGUGCCUUCAGUAACAAACUCCGGGAAUUUUUUUCAAAAGAAUCUGCAAAAGUUUUUGUAGUUAAAGACAUUGACCCAAAUAUAAUAUCAAUUAUAUUGGACUUUAUAUAUGGAAAUAUGGCCAUAGUAAAAGAAAGCAUGCUCCCAACAUUUCUGAAAGCUGCAAGACAGUUAGAAAUAGAGCAACUUCAGACUCCAGGACUCCUGAAGCUGGAACAAAAUGUUAUGGCUCAAAAGAGAAGCCCAGACAGUAAUAUAUCUAGUGAUGAAACACAAUGCCUUCAAAUUCUAGAACAGAAUUUGUUACCUAUAACUAGCUGCCCAAAUAGGAGUAUAGAAAGCCCACAUGAUGUCACUCAGCAUGACACAGCAGCACUGGAACUUUGCCUGCCCUCUUCUGUUUCAAUCAAAAUAUUAGGUAAGAAUGCCUGCAAAAUAACCAGAAAGGAAUUUAUUAGUGAAAUGAAAGGUGAUAAAGUUUGUAAAGACAAAAGUGAAGCAAAGGUUGGUAAUGAAUAUUUUAACAAAAGUAAUGAGGAGCGAAAGACCCAUUGGUGCUGUUGUAAAAAGUCAAGUGAAUGGUCACAAACAAAAGAAAAGGGAGCUGACAAGGAGAAUGAUGAUGAAAUUGAAAGCUUAAAAAUGAAACUUAAAGAAUGUGGAACAGUAGUGGUCGCCCAAGGCAUAAAUAACUUAAAGGAUAUCCCUGAACGGCUUUUAUCAAGUAGUGAUAUUUCAUUAACUCCUGUUAAGUUACCUAACAAAGUUUCUACAACUAAAAGGAAGAGCUGUUUAAGCAAAAAGAUCAUAACUCCAACAUCUCCACAAUUACCACUUCCUGAUACACAUGCAUCUAAGAUUAAUUCAAAUCCAUCAAAAUGUUCAUCUACAAAGGUUAGAAGGAAUCUUCAAAACAGAUUCCAUGCUGAAAUGUAUCAGCAGAAAGAAGUUACAAGUGGAUUUUCUUCUAAUAACAGAAACUACAAUUCUGGUGGCAUCAUUGGUUCGAAAAUAGGACCCUUAAUGGCAGGGUUUAAAGGACAUAGUAGAAAAUAUUUAAAUGCUCAAAUACAGGAGAGUAUACUUUGUCCUGCCUUUAGACAUUAUUUCAAUCACACUUCAAAGUCUCAGAAUAUAUGUAUGCAAGAAUAUGAAAGUAACAAAAGAAUAGUUUCUGGUCAGUCAAGAGGCAAGCUUAAUACUAAUAAAAUGUUCCAGUUUGAAGGUGGCAAUAACAAAUUGCUACAGUCUGUUAGCAGAGGUGAUAUAUAUUCAGUGCGACAAGACCCAACAUCACCAACUAGAAAAGGCAGAGCUUUACACAGUGAAGCAAAAAGUACUCCAGCUGAAAAUGCUGAUAACCUUCCAGUAAAUAAAACCUCUGAACCUACAUGUGGAACACCAAAGAAUAGUAUUUUCUGGAAUGGAAAAGAAUCUCUUAAUUUUGAUGACUCUGGUAAUAUUGUUCAAACUUCAGAUACUGCAACACAAUUAAUACAGGAUUCAUUUUGUUUGAAAGCUGAUGUAGAUUUAAAUAACCUUCCUAACUUAGAAUUUGAAAAUACACAAUUACAUGGAAAAAUAAUUGUAACUUCAUCACAGAAUUCAUAUUUAGAGGUGGAAAGUUUUCAGUCACAGGAAUUGCAGAAGUCAGAAAAUACCAACAAAUUAAUAUUACCGCAACCACAAGAGCAGCCAUCAAGUCCAUCCUGUGAACAUCAGGCCACAAUUAGGACAAUGCCCAGUGACACUGCUAAUAAGCCAGGCCUCUCAGUUAAACCCAGUGUGAGUACAUCUUCUUUAAUAUUACAUAGUCUAAUUUUUUUCACUUUUAUCUGCCAUUUCUGGGGGGAGCCCCAUGAUGAGGAAGCAGAGGAAGCAAUUUGGACGACCGAAGAGUGUCCAACGUUGCAUAGUUUGUCGAAAAGAGAAAAUUCAUUUCAUUGUACAUCUUGUGAUUACCGCACUGCAUUGUUUAACACCAUAAAGACACAUGUCCUGCUCAAUCACAAACGACUAAUAAAUGAGAGUGAAGGUAAACGGCACCAUGCCUCAGACAUUUGCCCUAGCCAGGUCUCUGAAAAUCCUGCCAAAAUUGAGAAAUUUGAUCAUCUGUAA